UUUUUCAGAGCCUGCAAUGGAGGCGCCGCCAUUCGCCUCUUCCACCAAAACCCUACCGUUUCGCUCAUCCUCCGCUUCCUCCCUUCUGUUUCUUCCCAAAACUCACCUCAAUUUCAGACGUCCCAGAAGCUUCUCCGUCCGUGCCUCCUCCACCGCAGAUUCCGUUUGUUUGAAUAAUGAAUCAGUGGUGACUCUGCUCGACUACGGCGCCGGCAAUGUUCGCAGUGUGAGAAAUGCCAUUCGCCACCUAGGCUUCGACGUCAAAGAUGUCCAAACACCGGAAGACAUUCUGAAUGCCGAACGCCUAGUAUUUCCUGGCGUGGGGGCUUUUGCUGCCGCCAUGGAUGUGCUGAAUAAGAACGGGAUGGCGGAAGCAAUCUGUUCAUAUAUUGAGAAGGAUCGACCAUUUCUAGGCAUUUGUCUUGGACUUCAGCUCCUUUUUGAAUCCAGUGAAGAGAAUGGACCAGUGAAAGGUCUUGGCUUGAUACCCGGAGUGGUUGGCCGUUUUGAUUCAUCAAAUGGUUUCAGAGUUCCACACAUUGGAUGGAAUGCUUUACAGAUUGAAAAAGACUCAUUAAUUUUGGAUGAUGUUGGAAGCCAUCAUGUCUAUUUUGUUCAUUCUUACAGAGCCAUGCCUUCAGAUGAAAACAAAGACUGGGUUUCGUCUACUUGCAACUAUGGAGACAAUUUUAUUGCAUCUGUUAGAAGGGGAAAUGUGCAUGCAGUUCAAUUCCACCCAGAAAAGAGUGGAGAUGUUGGUCUUACGAUAUUGAGAAGAUUUUUGUAUCCAAAGACAAACCUGGAAAAGAAGCCCACUGAAAGGAAGGCUUUGAAACUUGCUAAGAGGGUGAUUGCUUGUCUUGAUGUGAGGACGAAUGACAAGGGAGAUCUUGUUGUAACCAAAGGCGACCAAUAUGAUGUAAGAGAGCACACAAAAGAGAAUGAGGUGAGAGAACUUGGUAAGCCUGUGGAGCUUGCUCGACAGUAUUACAAAGAUGGGGCUGAUGAGGUCAGCUUUCUGAAUAUUACUGGUUUUCGAGACUUCCCUCUGGGUGACUUGCCCAUGUUACAGGUAUUGAGAUACACAUCUGAAAAUGUUUUUGUACCAUUAACAGUUGGAGGUGGUAUCAGAGAUUUUACAGAUGCAAAUGGCAGGCACUAUUCUAGUUUGGAAGUUGCUUCUGAAUAUUUCAGAUGCGGGGCUGAUAAGAUUUCUAUUGGAAGUGAUGCAGUAUAUGCUGCAGAAGAAUAUUUAAGAACUGGAGUAAAAAGUGGAAAAAGUAGCUUAGAGCAGAUAUCUAGAGUUUAUGGAAAUCAGGCUGUGGUUGUGAGCAUUGAUCCUCGCAGAGUGUACGUUAAGAAUCCAAAAGAUGUAGAGUUCAAGACUAUAAGGGUAACAAACCCAGGUCCAAAUGGAGAAGAAUUUGCAUGGUACCAGUGCACAGUUAGCGGUGGCCGAGAAGGCCGACCAAUUGGGGCGUAUGAGCUUGCAAAAGCAGUAGAGGAGCUUGGAGCUGGAGAAAUACUGCUAAACUGUAUUGAUUGUGAUGGUCAAAAGAAGGGAUUUGAUAUAGAUUUAAUAAAGCUGAUCUCAGAUGCUGUGAGCAUUCCUGUGAUUGCUAGUAGCGGUGCGGGUUCUGCUGAACACUUCUCAGAGGUGUUCAGGAAAACAAAUGCAUCGGCUGCCCUAGCUGCUGGUAUUUUCCAUCGGAAGGAGGUGCCUAUUCAGUCAGUGAAGGAGCACUUGUUAAACGAACACAUAGAAGUCAGAAUCUGAACGCAUCAUUGCUCCUAACGCUUUGAAAUAUGCAGGUGACUGAUUUUCUAUUUCGCCAAAAGAAAAAGGUUUUGAGAGAUGUCAAGUUUGUCAAUCUGUUAAGCUGAAACUUUUUAGCCUUUUGACACGAGCAUGUACCUUCAUGUUACGGCAUCAAGACUGCCAACGAAUUUUCGAGUUGUUUAAACGGGGAACCUUAUGUUUUGUGGAUUUAGGCAGAACUUAUAGUGUGUAGAUUUUUGCAUUCCUGUAUUUUACAGUAUAUGAUGUGACAUAUUACUCGUCUGCCAA